AUGGCAGCCUUGGCGGUUUCCCUUGAGUUUCUUUGUUCAGCAACAAAACAUGUACACGCUCCUGGAACACAACAUCACCGGUUUAUGCACUCAAUCGGCGAACUUGUGGCGGUGUAUGAUGCAAGAAGGGAUGAAGGAGGUGAAAGAUGGCCUUACCGUGAGCAUUCCGUUCGCACUCGACUUGUGUCCGCCGGUCACAGUUCUGACUUCAUUAUUGGUGGGGUUUCUUCGGCCGUUCACGACUUCACCAAAGCAGCAAAGGAGGUGACGAUGGCAUUCAAUGACAAGGUGGCGGAGGCUAGAAUGGUUGCGCCUGGCGGUCUUGCUCGAUCGGAAACGGGAAGGGUGUGUGCGGUUUGCGGUUUUGACUCGAAACCGCACCAAACCGCACCGCGCACACCCCUAGAGCACACACACAUUCAGCCACCUACAAGGUGGCAGAAAAUCGUUGGAACGCCACUGAAUGGCAACCAACGACGGUUACGGCCCCAAACAGCUAGAAGGGAUGAAGGAGGUGAAAGAUGUCCUUACAGUGAGCAUUCCGUUCACACUCGACUUGUGUCCGCCGGUCACAAUUCUGACUUCGUUCUUAGUGGAGUUUCUUCGGCUGUUCGCGACUUCACCGGAGCAGCAGAGGAGGUGACAAUGACGUUCAAUGACAAGGUGGCGGAGGCUAGAAUUGUUGCACCUGGCAGUCUUACUCGAUCGGAAACGAGAAGGAAGUAUACGGUUGGAGGUUUGACAAGUGGCAGACGGGAGAUCCGGAGAUGGUGGCGGCUGUAA